UGUUCUAUUUCAUAGUCUUUAUGAGUGCUUUUGGAAUUGUUUUGCAUCUCUUUGUAGUUGUUUUGUGUCUCUUUGCAGUCAUUUUGUUUCUGUCUGUCGUUGAUUUGCAUCUCUUUGUAGUUAUUUUGAGUCUCUUUGCCCAUUUCCCACCAUCAUGGAACAGUUUCCAUGCCAGUUCCCGCACCUAGUUUUGAAUCAUUCAGAGCAUUUCAACCAAAAAUAAACCGUUUCAGAGCCUGAAAAGUUGGCUUUCAGCCGGAACCAAAAAAGAAUAGGUUUUCCUUGAGAUUAAGUGCGAAAUGUGACGACAUCAGUGGGCUCGUCAUAUUCUACAGGUUGGAAAGAGAGGAUGGAGAAAGCAACAAUGGAGAAGUCAGGCGAGAAACUGUUAUGCAAAAAUGAGUACGCAAUGGUCUCAUUUAUACUUGGUUCAGGCUUGUUUUGGGGGUAGAAAUGAACAUCUGUAAUAACAGGGCAAAAUUUUGCAGGUAAUUGAUGCAAUCUCUUACUUUGCUACUACUGUUUAUUUCCAUUGUGUGUUGUGCAAGAUUCUCUGUUGAUGACACAUCCUUGAUUACUAUGGUUCCGCUCAAAAUUGCUGGUUUGCUAGAUAAAGCCUAAGUUCCAAGAGUCCUGAACAGAACUGAUUCAAGAUACAGAAAUAAAAGGGGUAUUUGUGCGCUGAUAGUACGUGUCUCUUUGAAUGACUUUUUGCAGGAAAGGGCUGUGGGGGCCCUGACACUUUGGGCCCUUAGGCUUGUUCCCGGAAAGCCUGUUCAGUAAUCCAUCCAUGAUCACAUGUAUAACUGUAUUUGGCACAUUAAAGUGAUCAGAAAACAUUGUUUGUGGAUUUGGGAUUAAAUGUAAAGUUAAUAAAAGACUCAGAAAUAGUCUUUCCUCCUUGAGAGAACAUCUGCCUUUCAUUGCUUUCUCAGAGCAAACAUCCUAUAUUUUGGAAAACUUUUUCUGGUGGAGGCACUCACUUUUUGAGGAAAGCACUUGUUCUGGCUUUGAAGUUCUCUGUUUUGUUAUGGCUGGGCCAUAUAGCUUUGAUGCAAACCUCCACAGAGGAGCUGUGGUAACACAGGAGCCUCAGUUAUUUAUGAAAUGAAGUGGUAGGAGUUAAUGAAUCGCACAUAGAGAGACAGACAGAGGAGCAUAAAAAAAUCCCAAACUCUGCUUCAAACUGCAGUAACUUAUAACAAGUUCCUUGUGGGAUAUUAGGGAUACCACAAGAGAUGAAGCAACACCACAGGAAUAAGGUGGCGAAGCUACAAGGCUGUUAUUACAGGGGAAGCAACAGCAUGGUUGUGAAGAACAGCCCCGAAAAGCUGAACUGAUCCUGAGUGGCCAUUCCUUUGUCCCGCUGCAUACAUAAGGCCUAGUGGGUGGAUAAGUGAAGUCACAUGGUCACUUUUCCUUUUUCCCACACAAACACACCCACAUCCUCCUCCAUGCAGCCACUCUUCACUCUUCUUCAUCUCACUACUCACCCGCAGCGGGCAGUCUGCUCCGUCUGGAUAUUGUAGCAGCACCAAGUUGCGCUCUUUUCCCACAAUGUUUCCGAAUCGGAAAUAACAUCCGUCUGCUUUUAUCAACAUUUUUCUGGAGCCUCUGUCGGAGAUAUUCGACAUCACAUCGUGUGGAGUCAAGUUAAUUCACGAGCUGAGCACUUUUGUUUCAGAUCCCGGAGGAAGUGUAGGAGGCCGUGCAGCAGAGACAUGAGUCUGGUGGAUGUCAGGCAGACGGCGGGGUCCCUCACCCUGUCCCUGAACAGCAACGACCCCAAGGAGCGCUACCUCAACCGCAUAGACGAGAGUGACCCCGAGUACCUCCGCAGCAGGAACAUGUCGCCGGACCUGAGGCAGGACUUCAACAUGAUGGAGCAAAAGAAGAGGGUCACUCAGAUCCUGCAGAGUCCGGUGUUUAAAGAUGAGUUGGAAGGGCUGAUUCAGGACCAGAUGACGAAGGGCAACAACCCUACUGGUCUGCUGGCUCUGAGACAGAUUGCUGACCUGGUCAUGGCCAGUACCUUGGGAGGGGCUGGCCCCUUGACUUCACCCAUCAGCGUUGGCAUGGUGACUCCAGUCAAUGACUUGUAUGGCAUCGAGUCUCCCUCCUUUGCCAAAGGGGAGAAACAGAGUCGCUGCAGGCUGGCCAGCCUCUACAGGCUUGUUGACCUCUUCAGCUGGGCUCGUUUUACAAGCUCCUACAUUACUGUGCGUGUCAGUAAAGAGCAGGACCACAUUCUUAUUAGUCCCCGAGGUCUGUCUUUCGCUGAGGUGACGGCAGCAAAUUUGGUGAAAGUAAACAUAGUUGGUGAAGUGGUGGACCAGGGUACGACUGAUCUGGGCAUCGACGACUUUGGCUUCUCUCCUCAUGCUUCCAUUUACUCAAUGCGCCCUGAUGUGAGAUGUAUCAUCCACAUACAUACCCCCGCUACAGCUGCUGUGUCCUCGAUGAAGUGUGGAAUCCUGCCCAUUUCCCAGGAGGCUUUGCUUCUGGGAGAUGUGAGCUGCUUUGGUUACCAUGGCAGCCUGGAUAAUAAAGAGGAGAAGGUGGAGUUUCAGAAAGCUCUGGGCCCUACUGCCAAGGUGAUGAUCCUGAGGAAUCAUGGGCUGCUGGCUUUGGGAGAAACAGUAGAAGAGGCUUUUCACUACGUGUACCACUCACAGCAGGCUUGUGAAAUCCAGGUGAAUGUUUUGAGAUGUACAACCGUGGACAACCUGGUGCUCUUGGACAGGGAGAAGCUUAAACCCCUGACCCAGGGAGUGGCCACUGCCGGGCAUGUGUUGGACAAUGAGGUCAAGUGGAAAGUGGGCGAGGCCGAGCUCGAGUCCCUCAUGAGGAUGCUGGACAACCUGGGAUACAGAACAGGCUACUCUUACAGGAACCCCAUCGUCCGUGAAAAACCGCGCUCUAAGAACGACGUGGAGAUCCCUGCCACCGUGUCUGCUGUGCCAUCAGAGGACAAUGAGCUGGGUCUGCGCAGCCCCUUCAAGUUUAUGGCGCAGAAACAGCAGAGAGAAAGGACCCGGUGGCUCAACUCACCCAACAGCUACUUGAGGGUCAAUGUUCCUGAACAUUCACCCAGCGGGGAUGUCAGCCCCAGGACCAAGACCAUGUGGAUGAAGUCUUCAGAGCCAGGCAAUAGUGUCGGCACACCGAUAAAGAUUGAAGAUCCCAACCAGUUUGUCCCACUUAACACUGAUCCCACAGAGGUUUUGGACAAGAGGAACCGGAUAAAAGAGCAGCACAGAGGUGACCUGAUGACGGCCGGACCAAAAUCUCAGUUACUAGCAGGCAUUGUUGUCGACACCAUAAAAGGACCCGCUUUCAUCAUCGAGGACGAGGAGCAGACUCGCUCUCUUCCCCCUAACCCUUUCAAUGAGCUCACAGAAGCGGAGCUGGAGGAAUACAAGAGCGAGGUAGAGAGAAAGCAGCAAGGCCAAGAAGAAGAUGAUGAUGCCACUGAUGCAGAUGCAGAUGAGAUGACGACAUUUGAUGGCUCUACUAUCUCUCUUUCCCUCUCUCCCGUGAUGACGCCAGCUAAAGAAGACACAAUACCCAACGGGAAAGACCACUUGGAAGAGACGGACGAGGAUCUGAGCAUUGAGGUAUCCAAAAUGAGCGUGAGCACUUCGGAAACGGCAGAAAUCUCCAUUUCAUCUCAGGAGAAGACGGGGGAGGCUCAGACCCCAGAGAGCCAAACCAAGUCCCCCAAGAAAAAGAGAAAGACAUUUCGCACACCUUCAUUCUUGAAGAAGAGCAAGAAGAAGAAGGAGAAGAAAGAAAAAACAGAAGCCUGAGGGCCUUUACUGUAAAAAAUAAUUAGUGUUUUGUUAGGAAAACAUCUGAAUUGCCUUUUUAAUUUUCAGCUUGUUGAAGGGAAGUGAAAUAAGAGGAAAGACUAUCAUCUAGUCAGAAAGUCUCCGAGGACUGUGUUGCUUUCACGCAGCUUCCCUCAUUCACGGCUAUUAUUUCAUGGGAAAGUUUUUGCGAGACGUGCCAGCAGAUGGUAAUAUGGAAGUUUUUUGAGAAUUUUUUGAUUGACCACUCCCAAAGGGCUCAGUAAAAUUAAAUCAAAUGAAACGUGCACUGCAUAUCUGUGGUUGUUAUUACCCAUAUUUUUAAUGGGGUUUACAAAAAGGUUAUGAAAGCAUCAGAUUACAGUUAUGUAUUUGUGGAUCCUUUUUUUUUUCUUUUUGCACAAGUUCAUUGUUGAAUGUAUUCUUAAAGCUAAAAAAUUGUUUAAACAAUUUUAAAAUUUAACAGUCAGUCACACUAGUAGUGCAACAGUGGCCGGACAUAUUCAGAUUAUACAAUGUUCGGCCUUAUAAGAAGUACGAUUUGUAUCUGAACGUAUUCAUUAUACUAUCUUGUAAUAAUAUAUGUUGGUUUAUAUUAUAGGUAUAACAAUAUAGUGUUUGAUAGUUAAAUAAAGGAUUUGAUAGUCUUUACAUAUGUACUUUACUUACUAACUCUCAUACUAAACAUGCUGUGAUUGAUAACUCAGUAAUAAUUCAUAUUGUUUGAACGUUCAUGUCAGUGGUGUUGUUCCCAUGGUUGCUGCUUUAUUGUAAUAGUGACGAGGAAUUGACUGUGACUAACAGGAAGAGCCCAGCAAAGUGAUAACUCUUGCAUAUUGAUGAGUGACAAAGUUUGACUGCUUGUUUGGACGCUGACAAUGAACGUGCCGAGUCUGACUCAGAGAAAGCUGAAGAUGAUCGAUGACGAUUGAUGUUUUGACUAAUUUUGUCAGUUGAUAGCAAUAUGCUGUGGAAAGCUUGUCUUCAUUGCCACUGUUAGAGUUUGAUAUAUAAAGUAUAUUAGAGGACCAUAUAUUUACAUCCCAGUCUAUAAUGUGAAUGAUGUUUGUUUUGACCCAAAGGGAGUGACUCUUUGCCUUUGUAAAUAGUUUGUUUUUGUGCUUUGUUACGCUAAACCAAAUGUUAAACGACGACAGAAACAUAGAAAUGUGACAGUACAAUCUAAUAACAAUAUUUUAACACUUCUUUUUAUCAAAUUUUUUAUUCAGCGUCAUUAAGCUCCUUAUUUAGAGAACAUGCACAGCGCAGUGUGUUUACAAAUUGUAUUACUUAGGUAAUUUGUGUGCCUAGUGCUCGUAAUUCCUGCAUUGUUUACAUUGCUGUUUGUUCCGCCUGGGUUUUACUCCAUGGUGCUUUACAUUACAGUCGCCUUCCCUCAAAGUCAGUCCUUUUAAAAUUGCCUUCCACCUGAUGUAAUAAAAGCUCGGAUAUGUUUCCAUAACUGUUUUAUUGCUCUCU